AUGGAGAAACUUCCUGUGGAGCUUCUGGUUCGUAUCUUCAAGCACUUGCAUUCACUUCGGAAUCUUUUGACUCUAAGAGGCGUCGCACGCGCCUUUCACGACAUUGCGGAUGAAUACUGCACCGAGCUGCUCUCCAGCGUCGGCGGGGCUGAACUUCACGGGUUCGACGAUGCAUUGCUCGCUAUCCGCCUUGCUCGCAUUCCUUACGACUCCUGUUGUUACUAUAACAAGGAGCGUGAGGCCUACUCAUUCAUUCCGUCAGCUGCGUUUCUUCAUGCAGUUCAAAAAGGCAAGCCAGUCCCCCCAGGGUGCCCGGUUGUCCCAAAUAUGCAUUGGGUUCAAGAAUGCGCGGCUGUGAUGGACCUGUACCUCACCGCCCUGGCCUGGACAUCAACGGCAAUGGAUACAGUAAACGAUGCUGGCAUGUUCGUUCAAGGGACUAGCGGCACCAGCAAUAUGACUACUUAUGGGCCUCAUCUUUUAGAGGCCUACCUAAGGUCCUUUUAUCGCGUCCACAUCUUCUACACUCUAUUCGGUCCUCGGGUUUUUGCAGAGCCAGUGCUCCAUGCAGUAGCACGCUUCGGCAUGACAAUGGGGGAUAAUUGGUAUGAUAUUGAUGACGAGGCGGAGAUUGAAGAAGAGGUCCUUGAGGAAAUGCGGCGCGUUCCUAUUUGGAGAGAACCUGCUGCUGUGCACGCUGUUUUUGACGGCUUUUUUGAAUGGCUUUAUGCACAGAACCAGCCGACCAACACCAUCGUCCGCCUAAAUGGAAGGCCUCCUACCAUAAGACACCCGUUCCGGAUAUGCUCAGAAACCGAUCGCCAAAUACUUGCCCUUCUUCAGUUUUGGAAAGUUUGUCUGCAGAUGCACAACCGCAAGCUAGGAAAGACACCCUCAGAAGUCCAUGUUGACGCAGGCGUCUCUAGUUACAAUUGGUCCCUUCCGCACAGGGUCUAUCGGCUCCCGCUACGUCUUUCGCAAUGGUCCAACCCUCAACUUAUCAUUGACUCUUGGGCAUUACCCGAUAUACACUCCCUCGUUUUAGAGAAUAAAUACCACGUGUCCGCUAGUACGGCGAUAUAUCGUGCGUGCGGUGGCAGUGACGGCAUGGAUCCCUUGGAAUCGCGUUUCCACCAGGAGCUCAAAACACGAUUUAGCAUGGAGUACAACUGCGAUGCUGCCGGCUUAUACUUUGUAAUACCAAUUCGAAGCGCUACUAGGGACGGGUACCUUAAGCAUAUGUACUAUUCAGUGGAAGACCGUAACGGACACCCCCCAGAUGUAUAA